AUGCGGCAGCACUCUCUGUACGCGUCGAUGCAAUGCGUCGUCCACCCGGCGGAGUUAGACGCGGUCGAGCGGCUCGCGCUUGAGCUGUGCCUCCGUGACGGUGGUGCCACGCUGCUGACUGAAGCCGACACUGCUACCGGCAGCGCCGUGACCCACGUCGUGUGCCAUCCCAAGACCUACCACACCUUUGUAAAGCAGCGACACGAGCGCUUUGUAGCUCUUGUGCGGCCCGAGUGGGUCUUCCGCACAUUUUUGCUGCAACAGCUGCUUCCCGUGGACCGCUUUAGCCCUAAUCCGGUGCUCAUUUUCUCGACACUCGCGAUCUCAGCUGGAACCAUGGAAAAAGACCCGCGGAAGGUCAUUAAUGGACUCAUUUCGCACUUUGGCGGGCAAAUUGUUGACGACAAGGAUGUCGCUCGAGGAGCGACGCAUGUUUUGUACGGAGACGAAAGCAGUGCCAACGCUGCGGUGUCGGAGCCCGAAGAAGAGCAGGAGGGAGACGAGAACGUGCUGCAGGUUCACUUUUCUAAAACCGAUCUAGGUCGGAGUGUCGACGCAUGGCGUCAGCAUUUGUCGUCGCAGUCGCUGGACUCGACAUUCUUGCUGCCGAGUUGUGUUGUUGCUUUCAUGGGGCAACGUGCUGGACUGUCGAAGCAGCAUCACGUCAAGUAUACGUGGAUUGAGGAGUGCGUGAUGCGACAGAGUCGCGUGGCGGAAGAUCCUUUUGAUCACAAGCAUAGUGGAGCUGCUGCUACGAAUGUGGACAAGAAGAAGCGCAACUGGAAGACACAGCCAAAAGUGCAGCUAGACGAUCUGAACCUUAGCAAAUGUGCGCAGGUGUAUCAACGAGAAAAGACUGAACUUGGCGCGGAACUUUCGGUAAUUCGCAAGCUGUCUAAUGAGAAAUUGAAGGCAAUGAAAAAAUCGUUGCAAGGUGCGAUAGUGCUACUCGCGCAGCAUAUAGCCCCACUGCUACGACAAAAGCUUUCGGACAUGUUGAAGGCGGUGGAUGCCAAAGUAGCAAAUGUCCCGGUGGGUGACUCGUAUCAGGAAAUCGUGCGCAAGGUAGUUAUGAAUGCGUCGUUCGUCGUGUGCCGGUACCGUGGGGGAUUUGAGUACAACGAGGCCGUGCGUCAAGACAAAAAAGUGGUGAGCAUCUAUUGGGUUCUGGCAGGACUGGUACAAGUCCGCAAGCCGACUCCGUUCAACGAGGCGAUUCAGCGACCAGUUUGCUCGUUUGGCGGCACUCCAGGAAUGCAGUAUUUGGUAGUGACCUUGUCUGGGUACUCGAGUCAGUCAAGCCCGACACGUGAAGAAUUACAAAUCGCUAUCCACGCCACGGGUGCGUGCUUGCUUCCGGUGCUUUCCAGGACGCACUCGACGCACCUUCUGUGCCACGAUACUUCUGGAGAGAAGUACAAGAGGGCGCUGAGCUGGGGAUUUGACAACGUCUUGAGUCACGAGUGGAUCUUUGCAUGCUUGUCGAAGUGGGAGCACGUUCCCGAAGAUGAGUUUCGGUACGUCGUCAACAAGGCUGAUACAGUUAGCACGUCAUCAGAUCGCAGUGUGAAGAAGAAGGCGAGCGUAGACACUGAAGUUGACGAUACGGUAAUAUGCGAUGCGACCGCAGCGAUCACGCCUAGCACCAGAAGUGCAAAAAAGGCGAAGAAGUCUGGUCAAGGGCGCUUCGAUGUCGACGGUAUUCUCACAGAGAUCGACAAGGUGCCUACGCCUAGCGACAAGACGGUGCCGGCUAACUGCGUAGCAACGACACCGGCGGCAACGUCCAAUCUAUCAAGCUCGACGCCCUGUCAUUCGAAAGACGUAGCUUGCACGCUGUUUGAUACACCGACAAGCACAAACGAUUCUCCACAGAACAAGAGAAGUACUCGACAGAAGAAGUCUGAGCAAGUGUCCGCACGUGUGAAAGUAAUGGAACGAGAAUGUGUGGACAAGGCGAAGGAAACCGGCGUGCAAGUCGAAGCUGUAAAGAAGUCACCGCUUCGUACCAGCACUCUGGAGACAGCGAGUAUCGUCAUAGCUGACCAGGAGGAAGCGACAGCGACCGAAGUGUCGGCUAAGAAGUCCACAACAACGAAGCGCAAGGGCGAUGAGCCGGAUGGAUUGGAUAAGUCAAGCAGGAGCUCUACGAAGAAGCAGAAAAAAGAGAACGCCGGUGCGAAAAAGUCAGGCGCGUCCUUAGCUCCAAAAGAUAAGCGCGUAUUUCUCCUGACCGGCGAUCGAGACCAGGCAGCGAUGCACACCGCGAUAAUCACUUCAUUGGGUGCAAGCGUUAGUGAGUUCGGUCGCGUGUUCGACAGCAAAUGUACGCACAUCGUUUGCACCGAGCUCAAGCGGACGGAAAAGUUCAUUGCUGGAUGUGCAGCUGGCAAGUGGAUCGUAAAGCCUUCGUAUCUGGACGCUAGUGCAGCAGCCAAAGAGUUUGUUGAUGAAGCUGUGCAUGAGUGGGGGAGGCACAAAUCCGACAGUAAGGAUAUUGAUGCGCGAAUAUGGCCAGGGGUGUGCGAGUACUGGCGCAAAAAGCGCGCUAGCGGGCAUCCUGGUGCAUUCGCUGGUUGGCGUUUCUUCAUCCACGCGAAGUGCACGCCUCCGCGUGAUAUGUGCGAGCGCAUCGUUCUCGCUGCUAACGGCUCAGUGAUCCCGCUUAGCAAGUCUGCCGCUGACUUUGACAGUUUGGCCAAGGAGUCGACCCCCGAGGCACCUGUUGUGGCACUCUUUCCACCGGAAGUGCCAACGCGAGACCUGUGGCUGAAGAAGCUCAAGACACACAACAUCGAAUGUCUCAAGGCGAACUUCCUCAUUGACUACAUUUCGAAGAAGCAAACGCUGCCCACCAAGCGCGCAGACUACCGGCUCUAG